GACGGGACGUCUCGGAUGGACGUCUUUUCAACGGUCAAAAGACGUCCGAAUGUUUGCUGGGUGGGGUCUUUCUCAACAAGAGCAGAAAGUGCUAUCAGUUCUCCCUCUGCUCAGAACGAUCUCUGGCAGCAAAAAUGGAUCUCCCAUGUGAAGAGGAAUUAUUGCAAAACUGCAAUGACACUGAGCUCUCCUGACACUGACAUCCAGGCUCCUCUCGUCAGUCAAGCACCUGCAUCCACCAUCAGCAGCGAUAACCUUUAUGCAUCUGUACCACUGUCACUACCUAGCACGAAGAAGUCCUGGCAUGAAAACAUCACUCAGGACCUGAGGAAACACCUAGUGCACAAGAUGGUUCAAGCCAUAUUCCCCGUCCCGAACCCUGCAGCACUGCAGGACAAACGCAUGGAGCACUUGGUUGCUUACGCAUGUAAAGUUGAAGGGGACUUCUAUGAGUCUACCAACAGCAGGGAUGAAUAUUACCAUUUAGUGGCCGAGAAGAUCUUUAAGAUCCAAAAGGAACUAGAAGAGAAGAGAAGGUCGAGACUGUCAAAUCCACUCACAAACACUCAUGAUCCUUAAAGCUACAGGAGCCGUCGGCCAAGAAGUUAGUUAUUUUUUGAGCAUUUCAGAUGUGUGUUAUCAGAAUGUAGAAGGACUGAGGGAUCUCAUUUGACAUUAUAAUCACAGUCAGUGUGUGCAGCUUCGUGAUCUGUUAUUCUUGAUUUGUUAUGUCAAUGUUUAUUUCAUGUUUUCUCAUGUAUACACAGGAAUAUUUACUUUAUUCUGUGUAUAACUUAUACUUACCAUUUCUGAUUGUUGUUUGUUCUUUUGAAUCUUUUUUUUUCUUUUUUUGUUAUGUUGUUUGCUUUAUCUAUUCUCAAAUUAGAGGAAUAAGUGAAGGUUUCCAGUAUGAUUGAUGAUGUUGUGAAGCAGUCAUUCUCUGUGGUCUUUGCAUGAUAUAACAACACUUUGUGCUGCUCAAAUGAAGACAGAGCAUUUAGAAAGAUGCAACUGACAUUAUUGAAUAAAUGUAUAUGUACAAUCA